AUGAGCUUCCUUCAUAUUCAAUCUUAUUAACAAUCAACAGAGGAAUCAUCCCAUCCUCUGAAUUCCAAAUUAAACUUUGUGCAAAUACAAGCCAUUGAUUUAAAACCAUACAAAAAAAAAUGGAGGCUCCUUUUUAAUAAUGUUCCAAGCCCAAAAAUUUUAGAAUCUAUUUACUAUGAUUUAUAAGGCCAAACUAUUGAAGACCGAGAGACCAAAGAGAUGAUCUUCUUAUAAUGCAUUCUCUUGAAUAUGCGAGCUCCCUUAAACUUAAAAUUAAAUGAGGAAUAAUGGAUUCAUAUAAGUGAACUGAUGCCAACCUAUAAAACUCCACUUAAAUGGUCCCAAAUAUGUCAGUAGUUUGUCCAUCAAUCAGCUUACAACAACCCAUGGUCUGAAAAUGAGGAUAAAUUGCUUUUAGACAUCAUUUUGUCCUUUCAAAGAAUGAAGAAGGGGAACAAAUGGAGUAAAAUCGCACGAGAACUAAAUGAACGAAGUCUCAAUAAGUUUAUUCGUACUCCCAAAUAAUGUAGAGAACGUUGGGGAAAUAAGUUAGACCCAUCUAUAAAUCGGUAAGAUUUGAAUCUCAUUAUGUUUAGAAACGAAUGGACUGAUUAAGAAGAUCUAAACUUCCUAUAGCUACUCCUCUAACACGGAAGAAGAUGGGCUGAAUUAUCUAUUCGUUUGUCCCCUAUUACUAAUAAUCAAAAACGAACUGAAUUUUCUUUAAAACAUAGAUUUAAAAAAUUAAUAUCGAGUACAAAUAGCGCAGAAUCCAGAUCAAUCAAUGGAACCAAGUAUGCUAUAUCAUCUGAUUGGAACAACAAAGAAAUCAACAAACUACUUGGUAAGAUUUCUCAAUUAGAAAUGAAAACCAAUUAGAGAGAGGUUGAAAACUUCUAUUAUCAUCCUCUAACUAAGCAAAUUAAACUCAAUGACUUUAAUAAGUUGGUUAUCAUUAGGGGAAGUUCCAAAGUAGAGUUGGAUUUGUCAAUUCUUUUUAAUUAGACAAAUUCCCAGUUAAAUGAUUGA